AUGUACCACUUUCAUGGGUUUGCAAAAAGGAAGGAGGUCAAGCCGAGGCUGAUGACCCUCAUCCUUUUUAUGCUUACAUGCCUAACUCCCUCGUUCAUCUCCACUGGGUUUAAUUUGAUCAAGAACAAAGAGAAAAUUCUGCCAGCCUGUGAGACCGAUCUCACAGAGGCCUCCUCCUCAACUUCGGAGCAUUUGAUUAGGAUUCCAGAAAAUGAGAUCGUGGAGGUUAACGAUCUUUCAUAUCGUUCAAAUUCAGACGACUUGCCAAUUUAUCCAAAUCUCCAGACUCAGUUCUCAGAAUAUAAGAUUAACGGAGUUAUUUUACAACACCUUCAAGGAUUGAUUGGAGGCGAUCAAAUAUGGUCCAUGAACUACUUGAUUGAUCAUAUGCGUAAUCUCAUUGCAACAAAGAAUCAAGGUAUAAGGUUCAUGAUCAACGUUUUCAAAGAGUUCAUCACGAGUGAAAGCAAUCCACUCCACUAUGCACGAGUUAAGGUUGCUUUGUCUACACUCCUAAGAAACUCAGCACCAGAUGAAUUUUAUCAACCACACUGGAAGUGGGAGGUACACAAGAUGGUGGCAUUUAUUGAAAGAGAAUUUCGAUCUCAUCCAGAAGCGGCCUCGAGUGUCUGGAAUCCAAAUCUACCCCCGGAAAGCUUCAUUAUAAGAGAUCUUUACGACCCUAUUUUGGCUUUGGAAACAGAGGCGCGUAGAGCGCACUAUAUAAUAACCACUGGCGGAAAACACAUAUCGGCUCAUGAGUUAAGAAACGCAAGUGCAGAUGAGUUGAAAGAAACGGUUUCGGGAAUUGAGAAGGCUCUUCAAAAGAAAGAUGGAGAGAUGAAGGAUCUAACUUCAGCAGAUGAAAUGACACUUCUCAAGGCACUUUAUGUCAUAAGAAAGGAAAUGAAAGGUCGUGUAAAGAUUGAUAUCAUAACUUCUGAGAUGACUCUUCUGGGAGGUAGCACAACGUGUAUAUAUCUUCCAAAAUUAUGUCAUGAAGCAACAAAGAUGGCCGUAGCGUUUUCAGAGCUUGUUGACGUAGCUCAUAGCCCUGUGACUUCAAUAGCCAUUCAUAUGCGUGCAACGAGGAUGAAUAUUGCGCUCAGAGCAUUUACACCUCAGCGUUUACUUCAACUACAUGGCAAUGAGCCGGUUUUUCAACAAAUGAUUUUAUGGAAAAAUCAACCAUCUCUCCUAGAAAUCAAGAAUCUUCUCAAUGCAAUCACCGAACCCAAGCUACUUGAGCUGGACGAGAGAUCCAUGGAUCAAUCACAUACUCUUGUAGAGAUUUUUCACAGUUUCCUCAUCUAUCUUGGAAUUGUGGAGUUUGAGAAUGUGAAGAACUCUUCAGUACUCUAUGAAGUGGUGAAGACUGCCAAAAUUCUGGCUCAAAAAAAUGGCAUGUUUGUGGAUCUUGAGAUUGCUCUGACUGCAAGGUUAAAAUGUCGAUAUCCAUGGUUGGCACAUUAUUUCGAAAUCACUGGCGCUAUCCAAAAAUCCUUACACAAAGUUUGA